CCCCACCCCGGUCCAGUCUAUCCCUGCCCGGCCGCCAUGGAGCGCUGGCCUUGGUCGUCGGGUGGUGCCUGGCUGCUGGUGGCUGCCCGCGCGCUGCUGCAGCUGCUUCGCGCAGACCUGCGUCUGGGCCGCCCGCUGCUGGCGGCGCUGGCUCUGCUGGCGGUGCUCGACUGGCUGUGCCAGCGCCUGCUGCCUCCGCUGGCCGCACUCGCAGUGCUGACCGCCGCCGGCUGGAUUGCAUUGUCCCGCCUGGCGCGCCCGCCGCGCCUGCCAGUGGCCACUCGCGCGGUGCUCAUCACCGGUUGUGACUCUGGCUUUGGCAAGGAGACAGCCAAGCAAUUGGACACCAUGGGCUUCACGGUACUAGCCACUGUGCUGGACUUGGAUAGUCCCGGUGCCCUCGAGCUGCGUGCCUGCUGUUCCCCUCGCCUAAAGCUCCUACAGAUGGACCUGACCAAGCCAGCGGACAUUAGCCGAGUUCUGGAGUUCACCAAGACUCACACUUCCAGCUCGGGCCUGUGGGGCCUGGUGAACAAUGCGGGCUACAAUGCCGUUGUGGCUGAUGUGGAGUUGUCACCAGUGGACACGUUCCGCAGUUGCAUGGAGGUCAACUUCUUCGGUGCGCUUGAGCUCACCAAGGGCCUCCUGCCGCUGCUGCGUCAAUCCAGGGGUCGCAUUGUGACCGUGGGCAGUCCGGCUGGAGACAUGCCAUACCAGUGCUUGGGGGCCUAUGGGACCUCCAAGGCAGCCGUAGUGCUGCUCAUGGACACAUUCAGCUGUGAGCUCCUGCCCUGGGGGAUCAAGGUCAGCGUAGUCCAGCCCGGUUGCUUCAAGACAGAGUCCGUGCUGAAUGUGGGUCGCUGGGAGAUGAGCAAACAGCUGCUGCUGGCCAACCUGCCCAGAGACCUGCUGCAGGCCUACGGCAAGGACUACAUCGAGCACUUGCACCGGCAGUUCGUACAUUCGCUCCGCCAGGCGCUCCCUGACCUCAGCCCAGUUGUAGAUGCCAUCACCGAUGCGCUGCUGGCCGCCCAGCCUCAGCGCCGCUAUUACCCGGGUCGCGGUGUCAGCCUCAUGUACUUUAUUCAUUACUACCUGCCAGAGGGCCUGCGGCGCCGCUUCUUACAGUUGUUCUUCAUCAGUCCCUGUCUGCCACGUGCACUGCAGCCAGACCAACCUGGCCCUACCCCAGGCCAUUCCCCAGGGGAGGCCCAGUGA